CCAUCCCGCCGUGAUCGGAGAGCUCCUGGACGGUUUUCAACCCCACCAUGGUUGCAGCUCAAGUGUCAAGUGUCAUUCUCGAGACCACGCUUACACUGGCCUGCAAAGAUAUUUUGAGAAAAAGACUGCUCAUUACUCCCUGCCCAUAUUCGAUUCGUCUCCAAGAAUAGAAACAGGUCUCUGCUCUUGAAGAAAAUGGCGUCCAAGAACCAGGUUUUUAUCGCCAUCAUUGGCGCCGGUGGUGUCGGCAAGUGCUUCAUCGGCCAGCUGACGGAGCUGGCCAAGCGACGGCCUUCGCCUCGGCUGAGCCUCUGCUACGUCGCCACGAGCAAAAAGGCACUGUUCCACAAUGACUAUGCCGAGGUUCCCACGGCCGACGUCGUGGCCGCUGUGGCCGCCUCAUCGCGCGCCCCUCCGGCCCUGUCUGAGCUGGCCGAGUACCUCGCCAAGGCUCCGGCCAAGGUGGUGCUGGUCGACAACACCAGCUCGCAGGACGUCGCCGACAGCUAUCCUCUCUUCCUCUCGCGCGGCGUCAGCAUCGUCACGCCCAACAAGAAGGCCUUCUCGGGCUCCUUCUCGCUCUGGCGCGAUAUCUUUGCCGCAUCGGCCACGUCGGGCGCAAAGGUCUUCCACGAGGCCUCGUGCGGCGCCGGCCUGCCUAUCAUCUCCACCAUCAAGGACCUCGUUGACACGGGCGACGAGGUCACUAGGAUCGAAGGAGUGCUGAGCGGUACCAUGUCUUUCCUCUUCAACUCGUUUGCCCCUCUCAACGGCGCCGGUGGCAAGUGGUCGGCCGAGGUGGCCAAAGCCAAGGAGCUCGGCUACACAGAGCCCGACCCGCGUGACGAUCUCAACGGACUCGAUGUCGCCAGGAAACUGACCGUGCUCGGCCGCCUGGCUGGGCUCGAGAUCGAGUCGCCCACCUCGUUCCCUGUCCAGAGCCUCAUCCCCAAGGCGCUCGAGUCGGUGGCCAGCGGCGACGAGUUCAUGCAGAGGCUGCCCGAGUUCGACUCGGAGAUGGAGGAGAUCAAGGCUGCAGCCGAGCGUGAGGGCAAGGUCGUCCGGUUCGUCGGCAGCAUCGACGUGGGCGCCAAACAGGUCAAGGUCGGCCUGGAGAAGUUCGACCGCUCGCAUCCCAUUGCCGCGCUCAAGGGCAGCGACAACAUUAUCAGCUUCUACACCAAGCGCUACGGUGCCAACCCGCUGAUCAUUCAAGGUGCCGGGGCUGGUGGCGAAGUGACGGCGAUGGGCGUGACGAGCGACUUGCUCAAGGUGCUGGCACAGAUCUCAUAGCAGAUCUUUGCGCCUCAGCUGUGAAUAUCUCAAAUGCGUUUACAGGAGAGAAAAAAAAGGUGCAUCGGAAUGGCAAUCAAACGAAGAUACUCCACCGAAUACUUCAAGGCUUAAGUCAUAGGAGCUGAUUAGGUGUCGGCCAAUAUUGAUGUUGUUGUUAUUAUGGAGAUUAGUUGAGGUGACUGAGGUCAUUAAUUGUUGGCUUUGGAGCUUAAUCGAGGUUCCUGUAUCGAUAAUGGCUCCCACAGGGGUUUGCUCUAGCGCGGGACCCACUGGAGGUACCUGCAAGUUUAGCACAGGACAGCGUGCCAGGCG